UAUAUUAUAUUAGGGGACCGGGCCAUUUUGUCAAAGGCCGCCAACGGGUUGGGAGUAGCUGAAUCAUGUUACUAUUUACAACCAUUUUCCAACUUGUGAAUGUUCCAUUGUGCGUCGUUGCUAUCGUAAUCAGAGGAACCACGGUUGGCCCUAACUUCAAACGAUCUACAGGUGGCGUGGCUGAUCCUUGUGGACCUGAAUUUCCUUGGGCGUUUGACAACGGACGCAAAUGCUGUCGCACAUAUUCCGUGGCUAAUCGAUCACAACCCUUGGAAUACGAAGAUUCCCCAUCAAAAUGUAUGAAUAAUAAUUGGAUUGACUGUCCGAAUACUAGAUAUUUUUGUGUCUCUUUUGCAAACCCACACCAUUGUCCACUCCCGUCAUCAGUGGCUUUAGACGAAGGAUGCUGUUCUGGUGCAGUGGAACGUUGGGCAGAGAACGAAAAUCCUCCUUGUCGAGGAGCCAAAAUUCAAGAUGAUACCCCUUCCUCUUGCUGCCCAUCAAAUGACUUCAUAUUUAUUCAAGAGUGUGCUGACAAGCGGCAAAGAUGCCUUAGUUCUGGACCAUUACCUCAUGUGCUGAAUCCCAUUACACAAGCGAUAAUAGAGGAACACUCUUAUGAUCAGUUUAAUGCAUCAUUUGCACUGGUAAACGAAGCUUGCGACUUUAAAAAAAAAAAUUAUUGGGUGGCCUAUCCAGCUGACUCGUAUUUCAUCAUCGAUUGGGGCUACCAUCUGGUCCCUCAGAAGCUCAUUCUGAGGAACAGCCACAACUCUAUAGACAAUGACAGGUCAGUCGACUUUACUUAAUGACUUACAAACAAAUUACUUUUGUGACAUGAUUGGGCGCUGGGGUCGGGGGUUUGAGCCUCGCCUGGCUUGCGAAGCAAAACUCGUUAACACUUUAGGAGCCAUUAAGUUUUUGAGUAUAGCAAAAAAUUGUUAUAUGCUACAGAAAAAAUGUGCUGAGUGGUGUGAUGUCCCCGUUAGAGACAUGACAUGGUUCCUCAGAGGGCAUGGGUUCGAAUUCCGCCUUCGACAUAAGGCUACUUGGA